AUGGACUGCACGGCGGCUAUUUUGAAAGCAUGCGCCCGCUCCAGAUCCAAGUGGUGCCGGCAUGAACGGUCCUCCAUCCGGCGCCCGUGGAGACCGGCGGACGGGUGCAGCUGCGGCGGGGAUGUCGUCAGCCACGCCUCCUCCUUCCUACAGCGCUUGUUGUUCUAUAUCUGCUGUUGUCUGUCCCACGAGGACAGCUCUGAGCUGUGUCGGGAAUGGGUGGAUCGUCCCAUAGGAGGAAGAGGAAGAAAUGAGGAUGAAGGUGAGGAAGAGGAGUUAGGACCACCCCCCUCAGUCGACGAGGCGGCUGACGCUCUGAUGACCAGGCUGAGCUUCCUGCUCGGGGAAAAGAUUAUCAGUGAGCCAGAGUCCCCUUACCACGCCCAAGAUGAUGGACAGAGGAUCUCUCCUUCCUCCAGUCUGGCCAGUAGCAGCACCUCGCCCUGCUCCACACUGCAGCCUCCUGCUGGAAGCGAGGGCAACGACAACAACAAGCACGACUCCUCUAACCAUGCCUCCGUCACCUCCCCCACCUCCACGCUGGAGAGCAGAGACAGCGGCAUCAUAGCCACGUUGACCAGCUAUUCUGCUGAGUCGGCAGCAGAGCGGGAUGGGAGCGCCAAGUACCCCGGUGAUGGUUACCAUGGCAGCAGCCUCAACCUCUGGCAGCAGGUGGGCCGGCCGGUGGUGGCCUCCACCUCCUCCUCCUGUAUGGUAGCUGCAGGAAGAGCAAAUGACGGCUUCUUGUACAGAGCGGAGGGCAACAUGGCCGCCUCCACUUACAGUCUCAACAAACUCCACCCAGACCGAGGCCCUGGUUCCGCCCACUCAUCAGGCUCCACCCACUCAAUCCCGCUCUACCUCAUGCCCCGCCCGAAUUCAGUUGCUGCCACUAGUUCUGCCCACCUUGAGGAUCUAGCCUAUCUGGAUGAGCAGCAGAGACACGUCCCUUCAAGGACGUCCCUCAGAAUGCCCAGACAGAACUCUGGGAGUCGCAGUCAGCAGGACCACAGAGUUCGUUUCACUCCCUCUCUCAACCUGAAGCCCCUCCACUUCGAGGUCCCCGGUCUAUCAUCUGAUUGGCUGUUCACCGGCAGGGAGUGGCUCUUCCAGCAGGUGGAUGCUUGUCUUCGCAGCGGUGACCCAUCGACCAGUCGGGGCAUAGUAAUCGUCGGCAACAUGGGCUUUGGCAAAACAGCCAUCAUUGCCCGUUUGGUGACACUCAGUUGUCAUGGAAACCGUAUGUGGCUAACUGCUGCUGCUAACCAGACCAUGCCUAAAAAUGUAGAUGCUGUUUCUUUCUCCCACGAUUCCUUGGGAAGAGGAGGAAGAGGAGAUGAAGGAGGAGGAGGAAGCUGUCCAGGGACUCCAGAGAUGAGGAGGAGACAGGAGGAGGCGCUGAGGAGGCUUGCGGGACAGGUAGUUUCAUAUCAUUUCUGUCAAGCUGAUAACUGUCACACCUGUCUGGUCCCGGAGUUCGUCCACAACAUGGCGGCGAUGCUGAGUGAAGCCCCUCAGCUGGCGGCCUAUCGGGAGCUCCUGCACCGGUCGCCACAGCUACAGAGCACGCUCAGUCUGCGCUCCUGCAUCCAGGAUCCGAGCUCAGCCCUCCAGAGAGGGAUACUAGAACCACUGGACGCUCUCUACAGAGAGAGGAAGUUGCACGUGGAGGGGGCGGGGCUCAUCAUACUGAUCGAUGGGUUGAAUGAGGCAGAGUUCCACCGGCCAGACUACGGUGACACACUGACUUCCUUCCUGUCAAAAAACGUCCAGAAAUUUCCUUCCUGGUUGAAGGUCAUUACCACUGUCAGGACCAGUCAGCAGGACAUCACAGGUUCUUUACCUUUUCACAACAUCUCUCUAGACACGAUGGAAGAGAACAACGCCAUAGACCAGGACCUACAGGGUUACCUGAUGCAGCGUAUCCACAGCAGUGCCGAGAUCCAGAGCAACGUGUCGCUGAGCAAUGGCCGUCUUGACAACGCGGCACUGGCCAAGCUGAUCAGCCACCUGAAGAGCCUGAGCAAGGGCUCAUACCUCUACCUGAAACUGACCCUGGACCUGAUAGAGGGAGGAUACCUGGUCCUAAAGAGCUCCAGCUUCAAGGUGGUUCCAGUGAGUCUUGCGGAGGUCUACCUGCUGCAGCUCAACAUUCGGUUUCCCACCCAGUCGUCUUUUCAGAGAGUUCUGCCGCUGCUCAACGUUACCGUGGCCUCACUGCACCCACUGACCGACCAGCAGCUGUUUGAGGUGGUGAAUGCGGGCGCUCUGACUGGAGGAACACUGCAGUGGGUGGAGUUCAUGCACCGUCUGGAGCAGCUCUCCUCUUUCCUGCUGCGGCGGAACGACGGCAGCAGGAUGCUGAACCACGCCUCCUUCAGGGAGUGGCUGAUGUGGAGAGAGGAGGGUCAGGACGACAGGUUCCUCUGUGACCCCAGGAGCGGCCACACUCUCCUGGCCUUCUGGCUCUGCAGACAAGAGGGGAAGUUGAACCGACAGCAGACACUCGAGCUGGGACAUCACAUCCUGAAGGCUCACAUCUACAAGGGUCUGAGUAAGAAGCUUGGGGUUUCCUCCUCAGUUCUGCAGGGGCUUUGGCUGUCCUACAGCACGGAGAACCUGAGCCCUGCUGUCUCAUCGCUGCGCAACCUCUACACCCCCAACAUCAAGGUGAGCAGGUUGCUGAUAAUGGGUGGGGCUGAUGUGGAUUACCGGAGCGAUGUCCUCAGCAACGCCCCCCUGCUGUGUGUACACGCUCACCUGGGCCACAGUGACGCUGUGGCACUGCUGCUCAACCACGGAGCUCAGGUGGAUGCUCAGUCACAUGAUGGUUUGACUGCACUGGGAUUCGCUGCUGCGGCUGGACACCUGGACAUCGUCACCAUGCUGUGUCAGCACUCAGCUAAGGUGGGUCAUGUGGACAGCUCAGGUCGGUGCGUGUUGGUGCACGCGGCUCAGCGGGGCCACCUGGAGGUGCUGUGCUUACUGCUGAAGCAUUCAGACUGGAGCUGCGCCUCCUGCUGCGGUCAGAGGGGGGCGAACAGGUGCCAGGCAGUGCAGCAGGCUCUGAUCGCAGCAGCUAGCAUGGGCCACACAGAGAUGGUGUCAUACCUCCUGGAUCUUCCAGAGGAAGACGAGGAAGAUGAGGAGAGACCUGAGAUCAACACACCUGACAGUCUGUGGGGAGAGACAGCUCUGACAGCAGCGGCAGGAAGCGGCCGGCUGGCGGUCUGCAGGCUGUUGCUGGAUCAGGGGGCUGCUGUUGAGCAAGGCAACCGGCGGGGCGUGGCUCCGCUCUUCAGCGCCGUGAGACGUGACCACUGGCAGGUGGUGGAGUUGUUACUGAAUCACGGGGUGGAGGUGAACAUGGUCGACCAGCAGGGUCGAACUGCUCUGAUGACAGCAGCCUCAGAGGGACAUUUGACCACCGCCCAGCUGCUGCUGGAUCAUGGAGCCUCUCUUGACCAGACCGACAGGGAGGGGCUAACAGCGCUGAGCUGGGCGUGUCUGAAAGGCAAGCUCCAAUUGGUCAGAGAGCUGGUGGAGAGAGGUGCAGCCACGAUUCACGCUGAUCGCAGUGGACGGACACCUUUGGAUCUGGCUGCCUUCUGUGGUGACCCAGAAGUGGUGCAGUACUUGGUGGACCAUGGUGCAUCAGUGGAGCAUGUGGACUGCAGCGGGAUGCGUCCUCUGGACCGAGCGGUUGGCUGCAGAAACACUUCAGCAGUCAUCGCUCUGCUCAAAAAGGGAGCCAAAAUAGGACCAGCGACCUGGGCCAUGGCGACCUCCAAACCAGACAUCUUAAUGGUUCUGCUUAGUAAAUUGAUGCAAGAGGGAGACAGACUGUACAAGCAAGGUAAAGCGAGGGAGGCUGCUCACUCCUAUCAGUCAGCUCUCCAGAAGUUUCCAGGGGAUGAGCUGAAGACGUUCAGACAGCUGAGAGUGUGUGUGCUGCUCAACCUGUCGCGCUGCCACCGCAAGAUGAACGAUUUUGGCCUUGCUGAAGAAUGUGCUACCAAGGCGCUAGAGCUGAAAGCUAAAUCCUACGAAGCCUUUUACGCCCGAGCCCGUGCCAAACGCAGCCGCAGACAGUUCCAUGCAGCCCUGGAGGACCUGAUUGAGGCCAGCCGCCUGUGCCCAUCCAACCGGGAGAUCCAGCGGCUGCUGUCCCGGGUCAAAGAAGAGUGUCGGCAGGUUGCGCAGCAACAAGAUUCUCCCCCUCCCUCGUUGCAUCAUAUUUAUCAACAAAAUGUGCCCAUGUCCAUCAGCGAGGCCAGGUGCAGAGAGUCAGAUUGCCUGCAGGUACAGGACAGGGAGGGGCUUACAGAGGAAGAGGAGGGAGAGGAGGAGGAGGAGGAGAGUUACAGAGAAGGAGAUGCUCUUCCUCACUCCUCCUCCUUCCACCCUCCACCUGUGGCUCAAAGCCUUGACACCCACUGCCUCCCCGGGGUGCCAGCACCCUCCUCCCUCUCCCCCACUCACCUGUAUCGUCACCUCUCGAGCCCCACCCACUCCCCCUCCUCCUCUUCUCCCUGUCACUCUGCACCUCCUCCGUCCUCCUCCUAUCACCAUUUCAGCCCCCCACCGUCCCCGAUGCAGCAUCAGCAGCGAUCCAGCCCAAUGUCGGAAAGCAUGCCUGCAUUGUCAGGAAAUGCAAGUCUGCACCAACAUCCACAGUCGAUCUCAGCCCUCCACCACUCAGACCACAACCAGGGAGUGCAGCAGCACUACCAUCUGUCCAAUCAGAGAUCCUUGCAGAAGCAGAACCCUGUUCAAGGCCAGUGGCUCCAACCAGCCAAAGUUCAGGUUGUCAGAACCAGUCAGCCCACUUCUUCAACCCACUCAAGCAUGAUUUUGGGAAGUUCUGCCUACUCCCAGUUUGACCAACUACCCCAAGAACUGGCUGAGCUGGGGGAAGGCAUUUGCCCGAGUCCCCUAGAUAUCAGGCCUAGUCUGCAGGUCCAGCGUGGUCUGAGUUCUGGAGCUUCAUAUCCAUUAGAUGAUAUGGAUAUUGACUUUGUUUGCCAGGGAAGACCUGCCCCUGCCUAUCGGAGAGAAGGAGGGGAGGAGAGGGCAGGGAUAAAUCGAUUUGGCCAGGCUCGUCAGUUAAGCCGCAACCAAUCCAAGGCAGCUUACUACCCAGUGGAAGUAACUGAAGCGACAAUGGGGCCUCCUGAUAGCCUUCCAUCAUUACACCAAUACCACCACCAGGGGGGACUACGACGACCACUAAGUGCCCACCCAAACUCCUCCGCAGCUCCUCCCCCCAGGCCUCUUGUCCACUCCCAGAGCAUCAGCGUCCGUUUCUCCACCAGCAGCGGCAGCCUCGCUGGUGUGCAGCCCGGUAAUCAUGGCCCAGGCUUCAGGACCUCCGCCUCCGCCCAGCAGAUGGAUUUACCAUCAGAUCUGGCCACUGUGGGAGAGGUUACUGGCUACCACGACGACCUCUUUCUGAUCUCCUCUCCCCAGUCAGAAAUAUGCAUGGUAGGAGGUGGGACUUAUCCUGGAGAGGCGGGCCGUUCAUCUAGGAACACUCCUUUUAUGGGUGUUAUCGACAGGACCGCGAGGGGGCACCAGCAUUAUCAACAACAAGCUCCUUCCAGCUCCGCGUCCUGUCUCAGCCCUUCUCGCUCCUGGGCCGUGUCUUCAGUGGACACAGUCGUCACCUCGCCCAGCAAAACCCCUGCCAAUCAAGGCUUCGUUCAGCUCCAGCCAUCCUCCAUUGCCUACCACAACCGCAGCAACAACAAUGCCCACAACGGCCACCCUCUCCAUGACAACCAGCUGGACUACUACGAGGUGCUGCAGGGCAGCGGUCCUCAGAGUGAAGGCUCGGUGCAGGUUGCCAGUCAGAAUCCCUCCUACCUGGAUGUGAAGCUGGCUCGAACACUGCCGGUGAGGCAUAGUUGCUCUGACAGACCAGGUGACAGACAGACAGGCCCUACCUCUCCCGUCAAACCAAAAAGACCGUUUGUAGAGUCCAACGUGUAGAGAAAAGCUUGAAGUCAGGGACGAGGGUUAACGAUGAGUGGUUUAAAAGAAGUGAGUGGAACUAUUAAGGACUAGCUAUGCUUGAAACAAACUAGUUUGUACAGCAUGUAGCAUGUGUGAUCUGUUGUACGAUGUUCAGAGGGGCAAGACGCAAUAAUUGUUCAAACGGGGACAGCAGCACACACUUCUAGUCUCUCUUUGAAGGUAUUCAUGGUACAUGAGUACAAGAGCGCAAGAGAACUCGAGAAAGAAGUUCCUACCAAUGUUUUCUCUUCAUCAGACUUGGCUGAUCGCUGUGCGAAGUGGGCGUGUUUGCCAGAUUGUCGUUUUCAGAAAGACAAGCGCUGCAUUUGAAGCAUAGUGAGUCUUUUGUUGCUCAGAAGAGAUAGGUGAAGCAGAAAUUGAACAUAUAAGCUUGAUAUGGAACGGAUUGCCUCUAAUUGGUCAGGUUCUGUCAAUUUACCAGCCCGAGAAAAGAAUAGAAACAAGGACAGAGGGAAUGAGGGAAGGACAAGAGUGCUAAAACAUGAUACAGCUCCUGCCAUUACAAAGCACAAUGAGGAAAGAGACUCACACAGACUCUGUGUCCAUUUCUGGCUUACAGUACAUUUCAAAACUGAAGUCCCACUGAAUGCCCAUAAUGCACUACUCUAGAGUUCUCCUGCCGAGUCCACGUACGCGCCUCUAGACGGUGACACACAUUCCUACAAGAGAGACCCAAAAGCACCACUAUCACCUUUGUCUGCUGCUGACACCUUUAAUGAAGAUUUUCAUUUCAAGACUGGAAACCUGGAUUCAGUCACUGCAGGGUCCAGGCUCUGAAACGUGUGCCAGUCAGUUGCUGGUCAGUGACCCAGUCCCAAGCCAUAGUUUGAGAAACUAGGAUAAUGCUGUCAUUGAAAAAGCACUGACUUGCUGUAUAUAAAACAAAAAUAAGUGAUAUUUAUCUUUUUUAAGUUAUAUCUGUAUUAAACUGUAUAAAUAUUGUUUCUCUUAAAACUGUAUAUUCCACUUGGAUUUGCCUUGAUCUGUUUGUUUUGAGGGUUUUUCGCACUUCUUUUCAAAGAGACAAAAAAAAUAGAGCAAAGUUGAAGUUGAGCUUUGCUCCGGUUCGUGUCAGCGUCUCUUCCUGCUUGUGUCUGGUGGCAUUGAUCCGCAGUGAGCAUCCUGUAAAAAUGGCU